AUGGAGAUCUCAAAAGCCCUUUUGCUAGUCCUUUCUCUUGUUGCUGCAACUUAUUUCUUGCAAGCUAAGGCAGCUGGAGUUUACUGUAGCAACCCUUACACUCGAUGUUACCGCCAGUACAUUCAAUGUCCAGAGGAAUGUCCAAGCACAACCGACAUGAACUCCAAAAACAAAGUUUGCUACGCCGAUUGUGAUAGACCCACUUGCAAAUCCCAAUGCCGCAUGAGGAAACCGAACUGCAACAGACCUGGUUCAGCUUGUUAUGACCCGAGGUUCAUUGGAGGAGACGGCAUUGUGUUCUAUUUCCAUGGAAAGAGCAACCAAGAAUUCAGCCUCGUCUCUGACUCUGACCUCCAGAUCAAUGGUAGGUUCAUUGGCCACAGACCCGCUGGUCGCGCCAGAGACUUCACAUGGAUCCAAGCUCUAGGCUUCCUCUUCAACUCUCAUAAAUUCUCCCUUGAAGCCGCGAAAUCCGCUACCUGGAACGAGGAGAUUGACCAUCUCAAAUUCACAUUCGGUGGCCAAGAACUAUCUGUCUCGGAAGAAACUCUCUCCACCUGGUACUCACCAAACAAGGACAUCAAGAUCGAGAGAGUGACUAAGAGAAACAGCGUGAUCGUGACAAUCAAAGACAAAGCCGAGAUCAUGGUCAAUGUGGUUCCAGUGACUAAAGAAGACGACAGGAUCCACAGCUACAAAGUACCAUCAGAUGACUGUUUUGCACAUCUCGAGGUUCAGUUCAAAUUCUUCAACCUUUCACCAAACGUCGACGGAAUCUUGGGACGAACCUACAAACCGGAUUUCCAGAAUCCGGCUAAGCCUGGAGUCGCUAUGCCCGUGGUUGGUGGUGAAGACAGCUUCAAGACAUCUUCUCUUCUCUCCAAUGACUGCAAGACUUGCAUCUUCUCUGAAUCACAGGCAGAGAUUGAUUCCGUUAAGUCAGAGAUUGAAUACGCAGCUUUGGAUUGUACCCGUGGAGCAUCUUCUGGAUAUGGAAUCGUCUGCAGGAAGUAAAGAUAAUCAUAU